GAACGAAUUUCUUUCUCGAUCUCCACUCCACCGAUAAUAAUGCGAACGUGAUAAGAAUAGGCAUAGCCAACUUUCUUCUCUCACUCUCGAGCUUCUGCUCACGUCCUCCCAUGGCGGACUUGCUACACAGCAACAUUCCAUCUUCUUCCAACUUCUCCCGCUUCUCUACUUUCUCCUUCUCUCUCAACCUCUCUCCUCAUCCGAAUUUCUCCUUCAUUCGCUUCGCUCCUCUCAGGCGCAGAUUUUCACAAUCCUCAGUGCUCGCUAAAUUCUCCUCUGAUUCCUCACAAUUUGACAUAGUUUCCAGAACUGAGCAUUCUGAUGGUACCGUCAGCUUCAAAUUCGGAGAUGCAGGUGAAAUUUCUGGAAGUGUGGACAAUUUAGUUGCUGAAAAUGAAGCAGAAUUGGAGAGAGAAAGUAGCAAUUUAGAUUCUGUUGAUGAUGAAGAAAUUAGUGAUUUAAUUUCAACAUUUGAAGUUGAUAAUUCGAUUGAUUUGGACGCGGCAAAGGAUGAAAAGAAGAUAGUAGAUGACACGGUUGCAAUCUGUGAUUCAAGUGUUGAUCUCAUGAUUGUGAAGAAUGAAGAAUUGUGUGAAGCUUCUGAGGUGAUUAGUAAUGAUGAUAAGCUUGCAUAUGGCAUUGAUGAGUCGUCGAAUUUCAGUGUGACGAAUUCGACAGUUGAAGGUUCGGUUAUGGUAGUGUCUUCGGAGGAUGAAAUUGAGAAGGUUAGUGAAGUGAGUGAAGCUUCUGAGGAGAUGAGUGACGGUGCUAAGCUUGAACAUGGUGGUGAUGCUUCGUCUAAUAUUGAUGAGACGAGUGCGGAUAUCGAAGCUUUAGAUGAGGUGGUGUCUUUGGAGGAUGAUAUUGAGAAGGCUAAUGAAGUGAGCGAAGCUCCUGAAGAUAUGAGUGAUGGUGAUGAGCUUGUACUUGGUGGUGAUGUGUCGUCUGAUGUUCGUGAGACAAGUUCGGAUAUCGAAGCUUUUGAUAUGGUAGUGUCUUCGGAGAACGAGGUUUUUGAGAAGGUUAAUGAAGCGAGCAAAGCUUUUGAAGAGAUGAGUAUUGCUGAUGAGCUUGAACAUGGUGGUGAUGCAUCGUCUAAUAUCGGCGAGACAAGUUCGGAUGUCGAAGCUUUAGGUAGGGUAGUGUCUUUGGAGGAUGAGAUGGAAAAGGUUAAUGAAGUGAGCGAAGCUCCUGAACAGACGAGUGAUGCUGAUGAGCUUGAACAUGAUCUUGAUGCAUCGUCUAGUAUUGAUGAGACAAGCUCGGAUAUUGGAGCUUCAGAUAGGGUAGUGUCUUUGGAGGAUGAAAUGGAGAAGGCUAAUGAAGUAAUGCAAGUAUCUAUAAAGAUGAUUGAUGGUGAUAAGCUUGAAUGUGGUGGUGAUGAGUCCCUGGAUAUCGGUGAGACGAGUUUGGAUGUUGAAGCUUCAAAUCUGGUAGUGUCUUUGGAGGAUGAGAAGGAGGAUGAGAUAGUGGAGGAUGAGAUUGAGGAGGAUAUGGUAGUGGCUUUGGAGGAUGAGACUGAGAAGGCUAGUGUCUUUGUGAUGAGUCCUUCAGUAUUGGUGGAUGAAGAUGACGAUUCGGUAGAACUGAUGUCUCAAGAAUUAGAAAAAGAACCAAUUCUGGAUGAGGAAACGAGUUCUAGUUCGCUAGAUGACGGGGUAGCCUUGGGAUCAUCUUUAGGCUUUAACGAGGUUGUUGAUGCUAUUUUCCCUGCCACUAGGCAGUUUGAUGAUCCCCUUACUAGUGAUAUUUUAGAAGAAACUGUUCCAGAAGCUCUGGGGAUACUUCUGGUAGAAACUAAUCAGGCUAGUGUGGAUGUGGACAUGUCAACUCGUGAACUUUCUGUGUCAUCAGCUGCUGCUGCUUCAUUGCUGUCCUCAGAGGUGACUGAGGCAGGCCAUUCGAGCAUUGCAAGAUUAGAUGAUAUGGCAGACACUUGUGAUAUUUUGGAUGGAGCUCUGCCUGGUGCUGAAGUAUCAGGAAUAACUUCAGCAGAAACCAAAUUUGAUAGUUUGAACACUGAAGAUGUGUCAUUGGAUGCUGCAUCAUUGUCACUCUCUUCUGAGGUAAAUGGUGCUUUCCCUCCUAUGGUCUCACACUCAGUUGAGGAUCAAUAUUGUAGUGAUACUUCACUUGAAGCUGGUCUUGACAGCAUGCCGAUCUCGAUCGUUGCAAAUUUUUUGACACCAGCUGCUGGAUCCUCGCAGGAUCCCUCAGAGGUUGAUGACGCAACACUUGGCAUUCCUCUAUCUGAUGGUGACCUUAGUGGUAUUUAUGUAGCAGCUGCUCCCGUUACAUCAGGGAUGACUUCAGCAGAAAGUAUUCUUGACAGUCUGAAAGAAGUGGAAACCUCAGCUCCUGCAUUUUUUAUUUCAUCGGCUGCUGCAUCAAUGGCAGAUUCUCUUGAGGCUUUGACAGGUGGAAAGGAUGCCUAUUUUGUUUUAGAGAACUGGUUUGGCGUGGCAGAUGGAGUUGGUCAAUGGUCACUUGCAGGGGUUAAUAUGGGAUUGUAUGCUCAUGAACUCAUGCAAAACUGUGAAAAGCUACUCAAGAGCACGAGUGCUAAAGUGACAAACGUUAAAGAGCUUCUCCAGCAAAGUGCUGCAAUGACACAAUCUAUUGGUUCGGCUAGGGUUUUGGUUGCUCAUGUUUCUAGUCAGGUCCUUCAUGUGGCCAACAUUGGGGACUCGGGGUUUGUCAUAAUCAGGAAUGGGACCAUCUUCAUGAAAUCUUCUCCCAUGGUUCACGAAUUCAGCUUUCCUUAUGCAAUUGGCUUGGGUGAUGAUUCAGUUGAUGAUGUUGAGGAAUACCAUAUUGAACUAGAAGAUGGUGAUGUGAUCGUAACAGCAACUGAUGGCCUUUUUGAUAAUCUGUAUGAAAAGGAAAUUGCUUCCAUAGUUUCCAAAGCUGUGGAAGCUGGAAUGUAUGUACAGGAACUAGCUGAACUCUUGGUUUCGAAAGCGCAAGAAGUGGGAAAGUCGGAAUCUGCAAGAAGUCCCUUUGCUGAUGCAGCACAGGCAGCUGGACAUCCUGGAUACAGUGGCGGCAAGUUUGACCAUGUGACUGUUAUUGUGUCGCUUGUGCAAAAAAGAUAAAAGUUUCCUUUCGGCCCCGCUUAUCUUAAACUAUUAGAAGUGUUGAUCCGCAGAAUUGCCCAGGAAGAAGGAAAAGAAAGGGGAAGCAGUGAUAUUGUAUCUAAGCUCCCCACCCCCAACUUCCCUGUGUGUGCGCUUCAAUAGUUAACACUUUGGAUAUCUAUAAUGCAAAGCAUGUUUAUAUCUUUAUAUAGAUAGUUUCACAGUACUGAUAAAUCUAUACAAAUAUAUUAAAAGGCGUGUGUGAUAAUGUAUACACGCCAUGUGGCACCCUUGUUAGUCCAAUGUGUACAUAAGUCAUGUCAAUUAACAAAAGUAAAAUUAGCUUGCAACAAGUUUUGAAUUCGUGACCUCUUGCUAUAAUAGAUGACACAAUUACCAUAUCAA